ACUCCGUCACAGAGUAUCAACUGAUGCCUGGCUAGACAUGAUAUCGUGUUAAAACUCCGUGCCAGGAACGCUGCUACCAUGGGAGACAUGGGCACGACAAGGUGGCAUCAUCCUGGCAUUUUAACGACUGUUGAGGCGCGUGAUUCUUUCGUAGGGAGGGCGUAGUCCCAAGCUGGAUUUAAUGUGACGAAGGCACGUGCCUCUUUGAGAAGCAGGGUUGGGUACUUUGCCUGAAGUGUUCAAAGAGGGUCGACAAUGUGGUCUCGUCCCCUGAUUGCAGCACUGGUUAUUCUGGCGAUACUCGCGUCUUCAGAUGCACAAGGUGAAGGCGCACCAGCAAAAAUGUUCUCAUUAGAAGAUGUGAUGAAGAUAGCAAAGAUGGCGGGCGUGGCAGGCCCUUUGGAAGAUGUCCUGAAGAAGACUCUGAGUACAGACAAACCUGUAGAAACUACGACAACACUCACUCCAACGUUGGCUGUAGAGGUGACAAGACCAUCGUCGGUAUCCACAAGAAGAAGAACAAGAACGAGAAUCACGUCUACUGAACCUUAUCAAUCGCGUAGAUUUAGAACUAACCAUGCUCCUAGGCGAUCGCCAAACUUACCUUCUACAAGACAAACGCCUGCUCGAGUUCCUAAAGUUAUGUAUAAAGCAUCUGACCGAAUAAGACGUAGGCGUCCGAGAAGGCCGAUGGCGACUGAAUCAGCCAUUGACAUUGAUCCGCCUGUGCUAACAACAGAACUGCCCUCAACCACAACGAUUUAUUCUACAGAAACAUCUACUAACCAGCCAAUAACGGAAACAACGCUCGCUGAAACUAUACUGCCAACUCCUGAAAAUAUUGUGACAGAAAUGACUACAAUGGAUAAAGCACGACUUGAAGAGAAAAGACUCGAUAACACGUUUAAUAGCAUUCAACAGUUUUUAACAAAAAACCUGAACUCUCUUUUGUCGUCAUCCAGAGCAUCCCGCGGUGAGGUGAAUCAAAAGGUGGUACCUUGGGCAUUAUCAGCAUCUGGUGAAAAGUCACGAGAUCAAUUUCCUGUGACCGAAUCCACAACGGUACCCCCUACCAUCAGUACAGGUACCACCUUGCCAGAAGCAAAUACAGCAGUGGAUGUUGAGGAAGAUAUAGCCAUUGAGUCUACUGUCAAUACGGUCCCUCCAACCACGAUUGUAACUGUGGAAACGACACCAAAUCUAGUAAUAGAUGAAACCACAAUUAAAAAAAUACAAGAAGCUACCGGAAGCCCAAAUUUAGACGAUAUAUUCGGCUCCAUGCGGCAGGAUUUAACCAAGGCCGAUUUUCUGAACCUUCUCACAACAAAUUUUAACAUCCCUAUAGAAGAAGCUAAGAAACUUCUUCCUGUUGCUACUUCUGAAAAUAGUACUCCAAAAUAUACAACACAAGAAGUUGCUACUUUCGUAAAUACUGAUAAACCCUCAACCUCAACAGCGACAGUGACCACUGCAUCACCUGUUACCGCAUCUCCAACUACAACAACCUUUACAACUAUACCUACAACAGCUCCAACUACAAUGAAACCAUUUACACCACUUCCAGUCACAUCAAGAACAACAACUGUAACAACAACCACAACGGCAACAACGAUACAACCGACUUCAACACAAUUUUUUAAGAAAACAAAUGACGUUAACAUAACAAGUGGAUCACUUCCAUUGGAUUCUAAAAAGACCCCACCUCCUUUGUUGCAAAGAUUGUCGUCACUUUCUAAAUAUUCACUUAAAAAAUUAAGCUUUAAAAGUCGGCCUUUCAAAAAUCCCCCGUCUCGUGACAAGCUCUUAAGAAUGUUAAGGGACAGUAAUAAAAAGCGAGUGAAACUGUUGAGUACAUAUCGAAAGAUGGGGUAUCAUCGUGUUGAAAACUACAGAAAAUUCACAACCACCAAUAUCCCCAUCACAAUGGGUAGAACAGCUGAAGCUAUAGCGAUAGUCACCACGGCUCCUUCCAUCACAAACGUGACAAGUCAGGUGCUUUCAGGGCCGGAUACUGGAUUACUCCAAGCUGCUAAUCCUCCUGCGGCACCAAGGAUUCCAUUUAUAAAAGCAUCCUCUGCAGUUGAUAUAAACACUUUGAAAACCAAAAGUGCCGAUUCUUUGUCUGUUAAUGAUCUUCUACUCCUGCUACAAAUGAAGAUAAAUAAGGUCAAACCUACAAAGGUAGUUACACAGGACAUAUCAACGACAACAGCCACCCCUUUUCUUGAUGUUCAACAAAAACGAUUUCUUUCUAACUCGACUGGUGAAAGAAGGACAGAAACCAUACAAAAACAAAAGACAAUCUCAACAAUUAAUGACAAAACGACAUCUGAAACGCCAGUGGUUAAACCGAAAACCCACAGAAUCAAAUCAAAGAUAAACGUAUUAAAUCGAGAUGUUUUUGCAAAAUUAAAACUUAUGGCACGGGGAAAAACAAUGGAAGGAAAGACUAAAGCCCCAACUUCCGUUACUUCCAAAACAACAACCUCCACAACAACUUCUCCAACUACGUCAGUACCCCCGACAGUUCCUAGAGUGUUGUCUGUCCUCAUAAGACCACAGAAAAGAAGAAUGCCAAAUCGUAUCAAGCAAAAGAAAUUCCUUGUCACCACAACUCAGACACCAACAACUCAGAAUGCAGCUAUUCAAGAUACACCUGAACAGAAAAUUAACAACAAACUUACUGUGAACAAUUUCAUGAGCUCUUUGAAUGAAAAUAUUCAUGGUCUCAACUCCAGUAAAAACUUGGACGCUUUUGAAAAGAAACUGGAACACAUUCUCGCAACUUCACGCAGACUUCGAGGACAAAGCCACGGAACUGUUCAUGGUGGGAGUGAUGUUAAAAUUAAUCUAAGGAAAAAAAAGAAUAAUUUUCAGAGGAACUAUUUUCAGAGGAAACGAAAUAACAAAUCUAAGAUAACACUUGUCCCAAAACCACAAUCAACAGUCACAACGACGCAGACACCAAGGCAGCGACCUACAACCACAUAUUCCCAGUUCAGCCAAGAUAUAGGUGGUUAUAUGCAACCGACUUACCAAGAUAUUAUAGCUUUGGGACAAACAAAUAUAACAGCUCUGAUAAAGUCAAUAAUCCGUACGUCUAAGCAACAACAACCCAACUAUGUUCCUCAAACACAACCCGUUCCUGACACUACUGUCCCUGCACUUAUUGCACCUGUUCCCAUGUUAGAACUGUCAACUCCCAAGACAAUUCAUCUUAGUGACAUUCAGAUAUCAUUUAAGACUAAUAUACCAAAAUCAGAAAGGUUACGAGGAAGAGGAGGAGGAGUACAGAGAGAUGCAACGACAAACCAUGUAAAGGACACUUACAAAUCCCCGGUUCAUGUUCAUGGCGGCAUUGACGUCCAGAUCCAGGAAGUUGGAGAGACGGACGCGGUGGCUGAACCGGAACCAGAACCGGAAGCGGAACCGGAAGCGGAACCAGAGCCGUUAGUCCCAAGGGCAGAGUCUGAAACUCGGCUUUCAGCAGAUACCAUCCACACUGGUCAAUUACACAUUGUUAGUGAUAUGUACAAUACGAACACAAACACAGACAUAAAUAGAAUGAUUACUGCACACCAGUACACACAAACAGAAAUCCCACCAGAACCGAGACCCGAACACGUUGUACAGGACGUGCACAUUCAGGAGAUGGUCUCUGAGCCAACAGUGUAUGGUGAGCCAACACACGGACACACAAGAACAAUAUCUUUAAGAAAUAUGCAGAGGAACAAUAUACUUCAGACACGUGUGGUUCCUGCAAACUCAUCACCUGGAAGAACAGCAAAAGGAAGUUAUAGAGUUCCCCAUGGAGGCAAUGAACAAGGAGCAUCGGCUCGAGGACCACGGGUAUCCAGCCCAAGAUCAAUGACAUCCAUCUUCAGCAGUAGGCCCGGCAUUCCGACGAUGGAAAAAAGGCCCAGAGAUCCUAGUGUUGAAGAGGCUGUAGCCACAGAUGACAGUCCGAAUGCAAAUUCCAAGUCAAACAUGACAUCAUUUGAUACAAAAAGAUCCCAUUUAUCCUCGAGUCAAGUAUAUCCUGGAGCACAGUACUCCAGACAUCCCUCACAAGAGCCUUCAUCACCUUAUAUUGACAUAGGCAGGCCUUCUGGGAUAGAACAUAAUUUCCAGACAGUUGGGCGAACGAGAGCAAGUAUUAGACGACGUGAAGGGAGGAUGAAUAAUGUUCCCUCACAUAACCGUGGCAACGAACCGUUUCCUGACGUGUAUGGAGGUAUGCUAAUACAGCGGAAGCACAAUGCUGGAGUACCAAUUGGUUCAGAAGGACAUCGUCCUGGUGACGUGGCCCAGGCGAACAGACACAUGUCCCCCGCUGAUCAGCUUACGAUAGGUCAGUCGAGUGUGCGUCCUGUUCAGAACCAUGCUGGCUUCAAAGCAAGCGACGUACAACCCGAUUCCAGAAGACAACCUGUUCUUCUGUCUGCUAAUCCCCGCGCCUCCAAACUUCAGCGGUAUCAAACUGAAAGUCUGACACCACCUGACUCCAAUCGACGAAGUAUGCAAUCUUCGAACCGCAGAUACACGAACGGUGACUUCCAGGGGCAACGGCUGCAAACGGUUUACGACCCAGAAUCGGAGACCUAUGUCACCAAACCUGUUAUGGCAAACAGUCAAAGCCGGCGUCAUCAACAUGCUGCCACUCGUUACCAGAGGAACCACCACCAACAACUUCAUCAGCAACAACAGCUACAUCAGCAGCAACAGCAACAACAACAGUAUAUGCGUCAACAGCAAAUGCUAAUGCAGGAAAACUACAACCAGGAACAAAAAGCAAAAACGAAUGCUAAUGAUCACCACGUCCAACGGAGCCAAACCAGGCAGAGCAAUGAUCCGUACUACCAAAACCAACAACACUUGGCCCCGCCUCAACAUUACCCUCAGGAAGAAUACCAAGCAAUGACCCAAGGAAUGACCCAAGGACGCAACCCGGGGGAUGUCAUGAUGCUCAUGCAAAUUAUUUGAGAAAAAAUCUUAUCUUUGAAAACUGGAAUAUACGAGACUAUAUUUAAACUGCAUUCUUAUAACUGUCUAAAUGUUACACGUUUAAUUUUAAAAGUAAAUAAGAAACAAAGCAGGACAAUGGCUUUUGGUCUACACUGUAUGUGUGUAUAACUGCAUUCAGUUCAGAGGUGUAUAACUGAGGACCGAGUCAUUAUUCCAACUGUUACGGAAAAGACUUUGUGUUCUUUCUGUGCAUGACUGUGUGCACAUAUCUGUCAGUUUGUGAUUGCAUAAUAUACAAAUGUAUUACAUCACUGCUAAUGAAAGGGUUAUGCAUGGUUACAUGCUGAUUCCCAAGUGGAAUCUAAAAGUUAAUGGAAAUCAGCCCGUAAAAGAACUCGAUUGAAAUAAAAAACAACAAAGCAAUACGAUUAACAAUCUUAUUUGAAAUGAACUAAGUGUACAGAUGACUACAAUUGACUACAAAGGUAAUGCAGUACGAAUUCAAAAUAAGAGUGGCAGUACGAAUUCAAAGGCAGUGUAAUACAAAAGUAAUGAUUAUAGCAAUAAAGACGGAGAUGAUAAUAUUCACCUCAAUGCAACAAUAUUUAAGUUUUCAAAAUAGAUCCAGGGUAAACUCCACACAAUCUGCUCAUCUUACCGUAACUUCAUGUAUUACACAUGCAACACUGUGACACACUAAAUAACACUGCCACAUAACAGCAUAUUAUGUGUAAAAGUAACAAAUACAACUAAUGUAUAACAGAUUUAUGUACGCAAUUUUAGGAUAUGAAACUCACGUUACAUUCUUGCAUGUUUAACAACGGCAAAAAUCGUGGUUUGUGAUAUAUUCAAAUGUAUACACAUUUUGUAUAUAAAUAUGUUAUCUGAUAUAAAGGCAUGGUGUAAUAUACAGA